CAUUGUUGACAAUUUUAUUUUUAUAUUGACCAUGAGCGGAAAACUUAGCCGUGAAGAAUACAGGAAGCAAAAAGACUUGGAAGCAGCUCGAAAGGCAGGAACUGCUCCAGCUGCUAGAGAUGAGGAAGGACGAGAGAUUAACCCACAUAUCCCGCAGUAUAUCUCGGACGCACCAUGGUAUAUUAAUGAUGGCCAUACCUCAUUGAAGCAUCAGAGAGCACCAAAAAGAGAAAACGAACAUUCGGACGAGUGGUACCAACGAGGACAAAGAGCAGGACCUGCAGCGACAAAAUACAGGAAAGGAGCUUGUGAGAACUGUGGAGCCAUAACACACAAAACAAAAGAUUGUGUAGAGCGACCACGGAAAAAAGGAGCUCGAUGGACAGGCAAGAAUAUCAAGGAGGAUGAAAUUAUCCAAAAUGUCGAAAUGUCUUUUGAUGCAAAGCGAGAUCGAUGGAAUGGAUACGAUACAGCGGAACAUAAAAAGAUUUACGAUGAGUAUGAGAAAAUCGAGGAGGCGCGGAGGAAACUCAAGGAGAGUGAAUUGGAUAAACAGGAUGCAAAGGCGGCAGCCAUGGCCAGCAAAAUGGAAAACAAUGCAAAUGAAUUUGGAGAGAGUGACGAUGACGAUGAAGACGAGGAGAAAUAUGCAGACAAAUCAGAUAUGCCUGGACAAAAGGUCAAUGCCAAAACAAGGACAACUAUUCGUAACCUGAGAAUUCGUGAGGAUCGCGCCAAAUAUUUGUACAAUCUUGACCCCAACUCUGCCCAUUACGAUCCUAAGACCCGCUCCAUGCGUGAGAAUCCACUCAAAGAUCAGGAUCCUAGUACAUUAGUUUAUGCAGGAGAUAAUUUCCAACGAUACUCUGGAAACACAUCAGAUAUGGCGAACGUUCAAUUGUUUGCAUGGCAGGCCGCAGAAAAGGGAACCGAUGUUCAUUUACAAGCUAAUCCAACCCAGACCGAGUUUCUGCACAAGCAAUUUAAAGAGAAAAAAGCAAAACAACAGGAUACGAACAAGGAGAGUAUAUUGGCCAAAUAUGGUGGCGAGGAACAUCUGGAUGCACCUGCACGCGAAUUGUUAUUGGCACAGUCUGAGAAUUAUGUAGAGUAUUCAAGAGCAGGUCGGGUGCUUAAGGGUCUGGAACCAGCCAAAGUCAAGUCCAAAUAUCAAGAGGAUGUUUACAUCAACAACCAUACGACUGUUUGGGGCUCCUUCUGGGCGGAUGGCAAAUGGGGUUACAAGUGCUGCCGUUCGUUCCUCAAGAACUCUUAUUGCACGGGCCUUGCUGGCAUCGAGGCACAUGAAGAAAGUACAAAUGCUCUUUCUAAAUCGUAAUAUAUAUAAGUAUGUAUGUAUCAAUAUUAGUACUAUAAUAUCUCUUUUUACUUUUUUUACAAAGAUAUCAAUCCAUGUAACCU